AUGGCCGCACAGCUGCCCAUCCCAGUGUUUACGUCGCUAGAUCAGGCCUUUCCUGACCUCCAGACGGCUGCGGUACAAGGUGUGCGCUACAAGGAAGUCGUAGAAGAGUACGAGAAGCGUUUCGGGCACAAGCCUACGUACAUCGCGCGCGCUCCCGGAAGAGUUAACCUCAUUGGGGAGCACAUCGACUAUGUCCUCUUCGGAGCGUUCCCCGCUGCCAUCGAACGCGAUAUUCUCAUCGCAUGUGGACCCUCCCUGCCUUCCUCUACGUCUGGUGCGGCGGAGACCCUGACUGUUGGUGGUGUACGGGCAGAAAACCUCAACCCCAAGUAUGCCCCGCAGACCUUUGCUCCCAUGCUCAAGACAGCCGGACCAUCCGCACAGGAAGAGGCGGAUGCGGCGAGCACGGUUCAUGCUGAAUCGGCUUGGCACUUGGACAUCAAUACGCGCGAGCUGCGAUGGGAGAGUUAUAUCAAGGCUGGAUACUACGGUGUCCUCAGUCGCUUCUUCCCUGCCGCGCUUGCUGAAACGGACAAGCAAGCUCAUCCUGUCCCCGUCGAUCUCCUCUUCACUGGUUCCGUUCCUUCAGGAUCCGGUCUCUCCUCUAGUGCGGCGAUGGUCGUAGCGUCUACGCUUGCCUUCCUGACCGUGAAUAACAAGCUCGAUGGUGUCACGAAAGGUUCGCUCGUCGAGAUGGCCAUGGAGAACGAGAAACGCGUAGGUGUUAACAGUGGAGGGCUUGACCAAGCCGCAUCUGUCAUCUGCACGCCCCACUCCGCGCUCUAUGUCACAUUCUACCCUAAGCUAGACGCAGAACUCAUUCCGCUCCCUACUCCCCGCACGAGCCCCCGCGCGGUCUUCGUCUGCGCAAACUCCCUCGUCGUUAGUGACAAGGUCGUCAGCGCAAAGUGGCACUACAACUUGCGCGUCGUCGAAACCCUCGUCGGCGCGCGCGUCCUCGCGAACAAGCUCGGUAUCACGCUCGGGCCCAACGAGCGCCCGACGUUCCGCGUCAUCCUCUCGCGCUGGCUCGGCGCCCCAGAGUCCGGGCUCGACGCGGACGGCCUCAAGGUGGGCAUUGAGCGCUUCCUGCCCGAGGUCGAGAAGCUGCGCCCGCCGCGCGAGGGCCGCCCUGCGGGCGAGGAGGGUGUGACGCUGGACGAGAUGGUGGAGCUGAGCGGCUUGAGCAAGGAGCAGUUCCACAAGGUGUACUUGUCGUGGGUCGAAGUCGAGACGGAGUACUUCCAGCUGUACAAACGCGCGCGGCACGUCUUCACAGAGGCGCUGCGCGUGAUCGAGUUCCGCGAGGUGUGCCUGCGCGCGAACGCCGCGUCGGGCGAGCUCCCCGAGGACACGCUCGUCAAGCUCGGGGAGCUCAUGGACCAGUCGCACGAGUCGUGCUCGACGCUGUGCGAGAGCUCGUGCCCGGAAGUGGACGCGCUCUGCCGGCUCGCGAAGAGCGCGGGGGCGUUUGGGAGCCGUAUCACGGGCGCGGGAUGGGGCGGGUGCACGGUCUCGCUCGUUGCAGAGGAUAAGGUGGGGGAGUUCAUCCAGAAGGUCAAGGAGGGGUACGAGCCGUAUAGGGCGUUGGAGGGCGAGAAGCUGAGGGAGGCGAUCUUCGCGACGAAGCCGAGUGCGGGCGCGUUUGGUGAGCUGUUUGUUGCAUUGCUCCUCGAUAUGUGCUCAUGCUGGGGUCAAUGA